AUGCAAAUGGUCCUAGACGCAUGCGGUUUCGUCGGAAAGCACACUCAGAAGCGGAGCAUCACUCUUCUUACGCAGAACACCCCAGCUCAGUCCACCAGAAAGCCGUACUUUGCUCCGCCUCCACCUGCGACGCAGCAUACGACCCCAACACCACCAAUAACGAAUGCCAGAUACCCGUGCCACUCUCCAGACGACUUGGUGAACGGACGAAUGACGACGUUCCUCGACAACGCCGUAAAUGCUCAUAGCCACACCUUAGAGAAGCUUGAGCUGGUCCUUCCGCACACCAACAUCGACCCUUCCCCUGUGUACACGCAUGCCCUCUGCACCAAUCGAAUCCCUGCGCUGUGCUCGUUGCGCAUCUGGGGCUUCUUCCCAGCUUCGGCCACCAUGUCCUUGUCCUUCCGCCACCUGCGCCACUUGAGCCUCAGGAACUUCUAUCGCUCUCUGGAGGACACUCUCAUGUCCCUCGAGGAAUUCGUGGGAGCUAUAUCGACGUGCGUUGAGCUCGAGGAGCUAGAGGUCCAGCGGUAUCAUCCUGCCCUGACAGUCAGCGAAGAAACCCUCCAAUCACCGAUCGUUACGCUGCCUAAGCUGCGCAAGCUGACAGUGGCAGACGCCCCGGAAUUCUUCCCCAGACUAUUCUCUUGUCUACGUGUACUACCGACCGUCGAUGUCCACCUCGUCGCUCUCUUCCACGACCCGGAAUACCCGAGGGACGGCCUAGAGGCGUUCGAGACGUUUGACCUCGAGAGACACAAGGAAUGCCUCCCCAUCCUCGAUGAAGUUACUGAGGUUACGGUGGCCACUAUGAACACUAAUCAGGAGGACUACGGCUUGCGGAUCGCGGGCAGCAGGGGCGAGGAAGGCGGGUCCUUCCUUUACGACAUCCGGACGACCGGAUCCAUCGAGCUCAUGGAGGACGUGAUGCACCGUUGCAGGUUGCUCGAAUGGGCGAUCCAGAGGCUUUCCAAGAUCUUCCCGGGCAAGGAGUGCAUGCGCCGGUUCAAGGGCAUCGGCGACUUCCGGGACGUCAAGGAACCCUCGUGGGUCGCCCUGUUCCAGGCCUACCCUUUGCUCGAACACCUCGAGGUCGAGGGCUGGGGAGUGAACGACGCCAGCGGACUGAUCUUCGCGCUGCGCUGGCUUGACAACGCCCGCGAACCAGGGAUAGUGGACGUCGUGUGCAGCAAGUUGAAGAGCAUCUCAAUCAGCGGCGUGCUGUACACGCCGGAGCUCAUGUCGGCGGCGAGGGACACCUUGAUGAGGCGGGCGAAACCCUCGACGCAGCUUGCUCUGCAAUUGCAUAUGCUCGCAUGCGAUGACGCCGCGGCGUAUCCCUCCGAUGCCCGGGACGAUGACAUUGAGUUCCUGCGAAAGCAAGGAGUCGAUGCCGCAAUACGGGUAGAGAGUUUACUUGAUCAUCUCACCCGCGUGGCGCUGCAAUGUGGAGUGCCAGUCGAGUCAGUCGAGUGUGAUAACGAAUCAUAG